AUGGCGAUACCCUGGGGAACCAUCAAGUCCCUUGUCAUCUUCUUCGGCCCCCUCCUCCUCCCCAAAGCCAUCGGCUACUACCGCCGCAUGCGCGACGCACCGCGCAUCCAUGGCCUCAAAGUCCGGCCUUUACCGGCGCCCAUGACCCGCGCCAUUGCCAUCCUCUUCGCCGUAGCCGCCGUCUUCCUCCUCCGCACGCUCCCCAUCUUCUCCCCCGAAAACAUCUUCAAAAUCACCCAAUCGCGCCUCCAAAUACCUGCCGACGUGCUCUUCAACCGCCUCUCCGCCCUCCGACCCAGCAACACCCUCACCGCGACCGACCUCGCCCUGCGCGCCAAAUUCGCCUCGCUCGAAUCCCGCCUCCUCUACCUCCACCACGGCCCCUCCGUGGUCGCCACCUGCCCCUUCUGCACCUCCGACGACCCGCGCUCCUACCUCUACUACGCGCUCCCGGACCUCCUCGCCCCGCACCUCUUCAACCUGAUCAUCAUCGCGCUGGCCACGUCCUCUCUCCUCACCGGCCGCGCCAACUCCGCCUCCGCGGCACGGUUCCGCGCCCCCGCGUCCCUCGCCGCCGUCGCGGCCGCGUUCCUCGACCUGUACUGGGUGGCGACGUACAACCACACGGCCAACGCGCGGGCGCUGCGGCUGGGCGAGCUGGACGCCUUCUUCUGGACGGCGCGCGUGGUGCGGUACACUGCCGUCGCGAUCGUCGACUGCCUGCUCGCGCUGGUGCUGUACCUGUCCGGGACGCAGCGCGCGUUUGUCAACCCGCCGUCCGCGGUGGAGAGGGUGGAAGCGGUGACGCGCAGGCUGGGGACGAUCAUGGGGGUGGUGAAUGCGUCGGGGGUGGUGAAGAAUACGGUGUUGAGGGAUGAGGAGCUGCGGGGGAGGAGUGUGGCGUAUUGGGCGCAUGAGGUGCGGUUGAUGAGGGAGAUGAUGGAGGAGAGGGAGGUGGUGGAGGGGGUGAAUGAUGCGUUGCUGAAUCGGAUUGAUAUCAGGGGGAUUGAGAGGGAUGCUGAGGCUUAUGCGAAGGCGGUGUUGAUGCCGGCGGGGGCGGGCAAGGAGCAAGUAGUUGGUUGA